AGAUUUGACAAAACCUUGCCAUACGCUGUGUUUAGGUGUUUGAGGCUUCCCAGAGCUGUCCAAAAUGCCCUCCACCCAUGUUUCAGCUGUGGCGAGUCUGUCCUUCAUGGCGUGUUGAUCCUGAAGUGGGUAGACAAGCACCAGACCCUCAAUUCAGAAGGCUGCCCCUGAAGCCUGUGCUUCCUGCGGUGUUGGCGGCACGUUUGGACCAUGUUGACCCGGCGGCGAGCGAGGCUUGAACGAUGGAUCGUUGAAGAGAAACCUCAAGAAGAAGAAAUUGCCCAGAUCAACGCCCUGAGUGAUCUCGCCCUUGAACUUGUGUUUUCGUUCCUGGAUGUGGAACACAUUGUAGUGGCGUCGCAGGUGUGCACGCGGUGGCGGGACAUCUGCAGUUCGAGGCGGCUGUGGACGUCGCGCAGGGUGCCCUACGGCUACCCCAUCAAGGCGGAGUCCCUGCGCGUGGUGCGCCUCCUCCGCCGCCAGCACGGCGUGCCUCCCUACUGCAAGAUCAUGGUCGCGCGGGGCAACAGUCCCCUCGCGCUCUUCUUGGAGAACGGCGAUAAGUUGGUGAUUUUCACGCCGUCGUCGCUGAUGGUGCUGCUCUGUCUGCGACACCUAAUCAAAGACAACGUCUUCUCCUUAGACCUGUGUGUGGGAAACCUGCUCACGGACUUCGAGGCCCUGGUUGUCUGGGAAACCAUUGCCAGCAAACCGCACCUUGUCGCCUUAAACAUUAUCAUGCGCAGUUGCAGUGCUUUGCUCAGGACAAACUACAAGUGGCUCAGGAGGGGCUCCCUCUGCGCCUUCUCCAUGUCCUUCGGGGAUGUCAGCGACGAUUCGGACGACUCUGACAGCGACAGUGACGACGGCCAUCUCGAGGAGGCAGUGGCCCUGCCGGUCCGCUCCCUGCUUCAGGUCCACCGUCAUCAGCUGCUGCGACUUGAUGUCGAACCAGAGAGUCAGCAGCCUUUGUUGGAUGUACGGCCCCGCUCUUUGCGUGUGCUCACUGCCGUCGUGUUGCCCAGCCUGGUGAACGUGGUGAAGCCUUUGAAGUACCUUUCCUCUCUGUUCCUGAUUUCCAAACGAAGUGCACCCCGACAGCAAAGUUACGAGGUUCUGAGCAAGAUACUCUCCAUGCGCAAAAUUCGCCGCACGCUGGAACUACUGGACAUCUCCCUUGCGUUAGAUGUCAGCACUCCGCACAGCGAGGCACUCCUGUCGCUGCUGUCCGACUUCGAGCGCUUGGAGAGCGUCGCGCUCCGUGGCGUGUGCAGAGCCCUGUCCGACCCGGACCGCGGGCCCGAGGCGCUCAAGACCCUCUGGUCGGGGCUGCGGUCGGUGAGGAGGCUGACAGUGGAGGAGGAGCCGAGCAUGUUCCCCCUGCACGCCCUGCUGCCCCGCACGGUGGAUGGGGGCACCGUGGAUCCGCUGGUGAGGGUGCCGGCCCAGCUGAGCCACCUGGUGCUGGGCAACGUCAAGGCGUCGUGGCAGCUGUGCGACGCCAAGUGGCUGCAGCAGCUGCGGCGCGUCAUGGACGCCGCGCCCAAGCUGCACGUCUUGCUGCAAGGCAAGUGCCUUGAGGUCCCGCAGCGCCGCGGCCCCACCUCCAUCUACGUCCUCAGGCAUGGCGGGAUGGAGCAUCGCCAGGAACCGGCCCGCAUCGAGAUGGGGCGCCCGGAGUACAUCGCCAUCUACCCGCACCCGUGCAGCCACACCUGCCAGGAUUGCCAAAAUUUCGCUGAACAGAAGAAAGGAUGCGUGAAAAUGUACAUUGGAGACUUGUGCGAGCCGAAACAAGGCUAGUGCGGGGCACCUGCUUCGUUUCUCGCUGCCACGCAGCGUGGUCUCGUCAGAUGGCUGUCUACAGCAUUUGUUUGCAAUCUUCGGACCUACUUUUAUUGAGUUGUGAUUCAAAUAAUUGACGUAAAUAUUGUGCAUGCUUCAGUGUGGAAUUCUCCGCUUUGGGGCAUGUUUGCACCUUGCAUUGUGUAGUAAAUUUAUCACUGAUAACUAAUGACGGUGUUGUGGGCCUGUGAUGUCCAACUUGACUAUUGUAAAGUAAAGUGACUUUCUUGCUG